AUGCACUCUCAAGCUUCUGGUUCGACUGAUACUCCCAAAACUUCUGAGAUAGCGACCGAAUCUGCAACAGUUAGUGCUGAUACAACAGCCACAAGUUCCCAACAUGUUUCACAGGAAUAUGAGCCUGAAGCUGUAGAGUCAGCAACCGCUGAUUCCAGCUUUGACAAUUCCAAUAUCACUAGUGAUGGAUCAUCAGCUGAAGACGAGGCUACUGAUCUGGAUCAGAUCACUGAUAAUGCUAUAAAGAUAUCAGGAUAUGAACGGCACUUGGAUCAGGAUGUGGAUGAAGUUAUUCCUUCGCAUCGUAGGUCAAAUGUUACCUCAAAUCUUCCAUUUCAGAGUUUGAGUUCGGAUAGGAAGCUCAAAGGCAAGACUAGUAACAAUCCUUUUGCAGUACCACCUUCUGUUGCAGAAAAUCUUCCGAAUGAAAUUCUUGUAUCUGUCUUUAGCUAUUUAUCUCCAGGUUGCUUGGAUGCUGCAUCAUUGGUUUGUCGUAAAUGGCAUCAGGCUGCAAGUGAAGCCUCGUGGAGGGCCUCUUUUCUGAGGCACUUUUCCUCGGCAAAGUUUAAUAGAGUUACUUCGAGUCUGAAAUGGCGAACUGAGUUAAUGACCCGACUCGACUAUCUUCAUAAGUGGAAAAAGGGUCACUGCAAUAAUCUGUCAUUCAAUGCAUUGAUAUGGAACAUUUCUCAUGUUUUUUGUGAUUUUGAAGCAUCUCGAAUCACUGCGUUUUCUAUUUGGCGAGGUAUUGGUACUAUCGCUGAUCCCACCCGGGGAAAAGUCGCUAACCAACGAGUGUUUACCAAUAAAAUGUUACAAGCAGUUGCCGAUGAAUCUUGUGUAGAUGGCUCACGGUUCGGACUCAUCUACGGAUUCUUCUCCGAUGGUAGAGUUCAAGCAACUUUGUUUUCACAUGAAACUAGACUUCGUGACUAUGUCACUAUGAAGGGGCCACGACAUUUCGGCGAUGUUUCCGCGGUUUGGAUUAAUAAAUUAGAAUCUCCAAGGACCACUAAUAAGGUCGCUGCUCUCAGUGCUGGUGAAGACGGCCAUGUGUUUCAAUGGGAGUUCAAUACAUGUAAAUUGGUUAGGGAUUUUGCUGUAUGUCCUCAAUAUACUGACGGUGAGGAUGAAGAAGGCAAACCUAAAAUUGUCAAGAGUCGCCGAAUCAUACAUAUUCAAUGCGACUCUAAAGAUAAAAUCGUUUGUAUUAAUAGCCAUGGUGAAGUAUUUGCCAGUGUUGGUGGAAGCGAGUUUGUGUUGAUUGGGUGCUUUAUUCAUCCAGUGGUUCAAGAUGAUACCUCGGCCGUAUCUGUUGUAUCUUAUUUUGAUGUGGACUUUUCUAGCAAUUAUGUUGUUUAUGCUCACGGCCAAUAUGCGAUGAGGUUUAAGCUGACCCUUGACAAAUCAAAGUUCGAGUCUGUACAUUUCAGCUUAGGAGGAAUGUCUCCGCAUGGCUAUAUCACAGCUAUUUCGAUGGAUCAUACUACGUUUCCUCAGUCCGACUUGUCAACUGACACCCCCGGGUUAAACUUUCGUUACGUGGCUGCCGCUACCAGUGAUAACUUGGUGUUUGUAUGGCUGCUUCAAGACAACGCUGACGAGAAUGGCUCUAUCGCUCCUUUGAGAAGAUCCGAAUCUCCAUUUCAAGUUAGUGAGGAAAGUCAAAUUGGUGGGGUCCUUCCAAAUGAGAUUCCAGAGUUCCGACCAUCUAUUUCUGCUAUUGCGCUAAAUUCGAUGGUACUUCUCUUAGGAUCAUACAAUGGAGUGACUGUUGCACUAGAUUUGCUUACGGGAGAGUUUUUAAGAGUCGUUUCUGCAAGAUUUUCUAAGAGAGCUUUGAAUUUGCGGGCAACAGAAGACCCCAACUCAGUUUCUUUAUGGCCUAUUACCCAUCUAGAAAUUGAUCCUGAUCCAGCCAAUCCCCAUGGAAUUAUCGUAGUUAGGUCUGCUAUUCAGUAUUUCGAUCUUGGAGCAGAUCUUCGCAAGUCGACUAUCAAAAAGAAGGGAGUUCAAAAGAAAAGAAAUGCCCGUGUUCCAUAUGAAGGUCAAGGGCUAAGCCGUGCUAGACUCUCCGAGGAUAUUGAAAUGGACUUGGAGAUGAUGGAGCUGGAAGAUGAGGAGAUUGAUGAAGCACGCCAACAUAGGCAGCAUUUGGAUGGAUAUCUCGCACAUGAUCUUUCGGAAGAAGAUCAGCUCAAGUAUGCGAUGUUAUUGAGUGAGGAAGCAGCUAAGAAGGAAAGUCAACCAAAGACUGAGGAGGAAGAAGAUGAGGAAAUGAGGCGAGCUAUCGAUCUUUCCAUUGCCGAGUCAGGUGCUGCAGCUUCCUUACCGUCGUCUAGCCAGACGAAUGAAAAGGCUUCAUCUUCUAAACAUCUGGACUCCCCACCACCGAGCUAUGAUGAUAUGGACGAAGAUCUUAAACUUGCUAUUGAAUUAUCCAGGGCUGAAGCUGGAACAAGUGAUGCAGAAUCUCUGUAUGCGGUCCCAAACUAUAUAAACAGAGGGGAAUCUUCAACACAUAAUCAGUCGGAUCAAGAACAGCUUGACUUGGAAUUGAAGCUCGCAAUUGAAAUGUCCAAAGAAGACUCUGGUUACAUCUCUGACUCACAGCUUUACGAUCCACCAAGUGCUGGUGCAAAUCCAGAUUACGACAGCGAUUUAGAGUUAGCCAUGAGAUUGUCCCUAUCCGAGGCUAACAAAUCAUAA